AUGGCCUCUCAUUCUCAGCCUACCUGCCUCAACGUGGGCAUCCUAGCAGCAGGCCCGCACCCCGUCCAAACUAUAUACCUGCCAGCACUGAACGCGCUCUCUAAUCUUUAUACAAUAUCUGCAUUCUAUAUGCCGAGCUCCACUGCGCAAUCCGACAAAGAACGGGCGGUCACACCGAACGCCAUCCUUACCGACCCCAGUAUAUCGCUUAUUCUGAAUUUUAUGCCGAACGAGUACCACGAACUCUACACAAUCGCCGCCCUCCAAGCCGGCAAGCACGUUAUGGUUGAGACCCCCGUGAGCUUGAGCAUCCCAUCCGCAAAGCGGAUCCUUGAUGCAGAGAAAGAUGCGCCGAACGGGGCGCGCGUCUUUGUAGCCUGUGCAAGGCGGUACGCGCCUUGCUUUGAAAGUGUGUUCAAGAAAGAGGUGGCGGAGCUAGAGAGGAUCCAUUAUGCGCGGUUGAGGAUGAUCGCCGGGCCGCAUGUUGCGCAUACGGCGACGAGUCUAAGGGUUGUUUCGAGUGAUGAGCCCGAGCUCGGGAACGGUUCUAAGGAGGGGGUCCAGGGGGAGAAGGAGAAGGAGGAGGAGGACGAAGAUCGAGCAGCGCGCCUCCACGACCUGAUGGAGGAGGUCUUUGGUAAAGAAGAACAACCAAAUCACGAGCGCAUCGCCCUCAGUCGCUUUCUUGCCUCGCUGGGCUGCCACGACCUCGGUUUGAUGCGAGACACACUCGGCUAUCCAGAUGCGAUCUCAAAUAUCUCGGUGAAUGAGCCAUUCUACUCAGCGCUGUUCCACUACAAUGGCAGCGUUGCCGGUGCCCGGUACGGCCGACAUCCGUUUACGCUCAUGUACGAAACCGGGACGGAUUGCGUACCGCGAUGUGAUGCGCAGCUGGCGGUGUAUGGACAUAACAAAACUGUCACUAUUCAUUAUGACCUGCCGUAUGCGCGGGCACAGCCGGUUCGCGUUGUUGUUGAGAGGGCAGAUGAGCGCGGUGGGUUGAUGCAGACAGAGACGGUGAGUACCUGGGAGGAGGCUUACCAGGAAGAAUUGAAGGCGCUGUAUGCAUACCUCGUUGAGGGGAAGCCGGCAAAGACAACUGCGAGAGAUUCGUUGCAAGACAUCAAGCUGUUUCAGACAAUAUUCGACCAGUACAAUAAGCAAUGUGGGACGAUCCGCACUCCGCUUGGUUAGAUUAGGUCUUGCUUGAAGUUCGAAGUGUUAGUUGGGUAAUAUUCAGUUCAGUCGCUCUUAG